UGUGUCAGAGGGACCCGGGUGGCGUCGGAACGGGGCUGCUGCUGCUGCUGCUGCUGGGAAGAAGGGAACCCCCCCCCCCCGCCCGCAACCACCAUCGCGAUCCCUGCUUUCUUCCAGCCACCCGCCGCCCUCAACCACCCCUCCAGCGGCCCCCAUGCUCCUCCAGGGCGGCGUCUGAUCCCCGGAUCCUUCCCGAGCCCUCGGCGCCCCCCCCCCCAGCCAUCCUCUUCCUCCCGGGACUCUCGGCCAAGGACACCUCAAUUCUUGGUUCAUUACAGAGUGGGAUGGAAAAUUCUUCCGUGGCUUCUGCCUCUUCUGAGGCAGGAAGCAACCGGUCACAAGAAAUUGAGGAGCUGGAAAGGUUCAUCGACAGCUACGUUUUGGAAUAUCAAGUCCAAGGCUUGUUGACUGAAAAAACUGAAGGGGAUGAGGAGAACGAGAAAACCCAGUCUAAUAUCUCGCAGUGGACCGUUGACUGUAACGAGGAAAUAGAAAGCAGCAUGUCCGGCUACAGAGGCAAGGGGUCAGCACCCUAUAAUCAAAACCAGAAUGGAAACAAAAACAGCUCCCUGGACAUGUUGGGAACGGAUAUCUGGGCAGCCAACACUCUUGAAUCUGUCAGUGGGGCCACCUGGGAUUUACAACCAGAGAAACUUGACUUCACACAGUUCCACAGAAAACUUCGCAACACUCCCAAGCAUCCUCUUCCACAGAUAGACAGAGAAGGAAUUGGCAAAGGAAAAGGUGAAGAAGGAGAUGGCAUCAACUUAAAUGACAUUGGAAAAGUUCUCCCAACCUGGCAGGGCUGCCAUCCAUUGCCACAUGAAGCAGAAAUUGCACACACCAAAAAGCUAUUCAGGAGGAGGCGGAACGACCGGAGGAAACAACGAGCCCCCGGGGGAAACAAGCCGCAGCAGCACUCAGAAAAUCAGCAAGGCACCACCACCAAGCACAACAAAGAACACCAGAAACCCUCACAAGGAGGCCAAGCGCCACACUCCUCGGGGCGAUGUGGCCACCACGGCUACAGCCAGAACCGGCGGUGGCAUCACAACCAGAAACAAUCUCCCAAUGACAAAGAGACACACCGAAACGCCAAAGAGACCGAGAAUCUGAAAAUAGAAGAUACCUCUGUCUGCACGGUGCACAUCCCUCUGGAGAUGCACCGCAACAACGACCCCACCGAGAGGCCGUCGCCGCAGUACCUCCACGAUGCCGAAAGCAAACGGAAGGACAACGUCCACGAACGGAAAAACGAGAGGCCCAAAGUUCACUUGCUGCAGUCUUCCAAGGACAGGCUACGCCGGAGGCUAAAAGAGAAGAUGCCUUGUCUUUCCCUUUUCACGGAUCAGGACGAAGUGGUGGUAGAGUCCACGGACCCACAAAGGAACAAAAUGGACAAAUUAAUUGAGAUUCUCAAUAGCAUGAGGAAUAACAAUAGCAGCGGGGUGGACUCCAAGCUCACCAACUUCAUGGAGGAAGCCCAGAAUUCCACCAACUCCGAGGAGAUGCUGGGGGAGAUCGUCAAGACCAUCUAUCAGAAGGCCGUGACCGACCGCAGCUUUGCGUGCACCGCGGCCAUGCUGUGCGACAAGAUGGCUCUCUUCAUGGUGGAUGGGACCAAGUUCCGGAGUCUUCUUCUCAACAUGCUUCAGAAAGAUUUCACGAUGCGAGAAGAGCUGCAGCAGAGGGAUGUGGAACGCUGGCUGGGCUUCAUCACCUUCCUCUGCGAAGUCUUUGGCACCAUGCGGAGCAGCACCGGGGAGCCCUUCCGGGUUCUUGUCUGCCCCAUUUACACCUGCCUCAGGGAGUUGUUACAAUCUCCGGAUAUAAAAGAAGACGCGGUCCUUUGCUGCUCAAUGGAGCUGCAAAGUGCUGGCCGGCUGCUGGAAGAACAGCUUCCCGAGCUGAUGACGGAACUGCUAGCCACCGCUCGCGACAAGAUGCUGUGUCCCUCGGAGUCCAUGCUGACCCGGUCCUUGCUCCUGGAGGUCAUUGAGCUGCACGCCAACAGUUGGAACCCCCUGACCCCCACCAUCACGCAGUAUUACAACAAGACAAUCCAGAAACUGACAGCUUGAAGGCAGCAGCUCAGGCGCAGCCCACUGCCCGGAGCAAGACACGCACUUUAAAAGAAACAACACAAAACACACAUUCAGAAUAUUCUAAAAGGACGCAGGAGCGAUCGAGUUACAGGGACUGGAGAAGGGACGGCGCGACCGUCCGGUGGUCCGAUUCCUAAAGAGACAGCCCGCAGCAUGUUUAAGAAUACGUUCAUUGGGGCGAAGCAUGUCUUUUUUUUUCCCCAGUCGCGUCCUCAGGUGCCGCCCCCUCCUCCUUUCUUCCCUCUCCUCCUCCCCGCUGUGGUUUUGUUGGAAAGUUUCCCUUUUAUGCAACCCGUGGCUCAUUGGCUCAACGUCCCACCAAGCUAUUGUUGGGGGCUCAAGAGGAACAUGGCCCGGUUGAAUAGCGACUUGGAGGGCAAGAACGGAUGGUCUCCGAGGCAUUGUAGCAGCUUGCGUUGGCCAACUGGCGGGAGGCAGGCCACAGCAGAUGUCUUUGGGGGAGCUGGGGGGGGGGGGGACAACAAAGACAGACCUGUUCCACCCCAGAUGCUGGUAACUGACAGCUUUUGUCAAGCCGAAAGGACGUCCCCUCUUCGUCCCUCCUGUCUUCAAAGGUUGGUCUCCUCCUUAGCUGUCCUCUGUGGCGCCCCACCCCGAAACCUCAUUCUAGAUUAGACAUUGAGAAGCGAUAAUAUUUUUUCUGCCGUUCCUUUUUCCUGGGGGGUUUGGGGGGAAGGUAUUUGCAUUUGCACUGAAUAUUAUUUCCCUUUGUGGGGGUUUUUUCCCAUUCUAUAAAUAUAUGUAUAUAUAUAUACUGUAUAUAUAUAUAUAUCUGUAUAUAUAUACAUGCACAUAUUCUUAUAUCAGUGCUUCCCAAACCCGGGUAAAUAACCCACCCGUUGGAUAAAAGUGGUUUUUCUUUUGGAUAAAGAUACACAACCCCAUUAACUCAAUCACAAAAGGGACACUGCAAUGGAUGGAAAGGGUGUUGUUGUUUUUAACCUACCUUGGGCUGAAAGGACUUCCGAUGCAUGGUUUUUGGG